AUGGGUGGUGGAGCUGUAUCCGUCAGGGAAAGGAUGCUAGUAUCCCGUCGCAUUGGUCUGCUCGGAGCGUUGCUCUCCUGUGGAAACGAUAAUGUGCUACGUUUCCCACAGACGACACCAACUGAUGAUGCCGAAAAUAUCACCAAUAGGUCAUACCGCACUCGCAACUCAAAGCGAACCUGUACAACAAGAACAAUCGAAAGAAAGCCUUUUGAGAGCACCAGUGUGGUGCCGGCCCAAUACUCUCCGAAGGUCAAAGUUUACGCUCGCAGCUUCCUCUGCUUCCUUCACGCCAUUCCUCUGCUUCCUCUGCUUCUUUCCCACCGAACCUCCACCACCGUCCCACAAUCGCCGGAGAAGAAGAAAGAGUUCUCACCGUGCCCUCUGCUUCCUCCUCUGGGGUUGUGCCGUCCUUUUCUUGCCCAAACCUCCACCACACCACACAUCGGAGCUCACCGCCACAGAGUUCGCCGGAGCUGUGCGUGGAGCUUGGAAACAAACCGGAGCCGCCGUGAGCCACAAUCCAAAGGAGGUUCAACCUUAGCUGAUCUUCAGCAGGCUCUGGAAGAUUACUUGCCUGUUCUUUUAGGACUAGUUAAAGAUGGAAGCCAUCUACAAUACAAGGUACAAUUUGAAUGGGUAAAUCAGGAGGAUGACGCAGAGGAGACCGGCAUGUCUAAUGCUUGGUAUGAGGUGUUGUCAGUUUUGCACUUGAUGGCAAUGCUAUCACUAUCACAGGCCAACUAAUUACUUCUCCCAAGAACAUCUGCCGAUGGUUUCCAGCCAAAGGUAUCAUAAGGUGACUACUGAUCUAUUCCUAGCUCUACAAAAUCUAGAGAAAUGUCUUUGCCCCUUUUGGAACAUUGGUUGAAGACAUCCAGUGGAGAGCAUCACACUUCAGAAAAGUUUUUAGUUUUACAAAUUCUUUAUGUAAUCAAGAAGCUCAUGUAAUAGCAAAGGAAGCUCUCAAGAGAAAUUCUAAGGGAAUUUGGGUGGAGGAAUGCCCCCUUUCCUUCUUAAUU